AUGACCAUAACACCGCGCACAACGAAGCACGAUGUGUACACGUGGACUGUUUCACUUGGAUCAAUGGUCAAGCUUAAAACUCGACCGUCCGUUGGCUCACCUCAAAACUCAAAAAAAAACAGAAAGCUUUUUUCCGGGAAUUUCAUUGAAUGUGACGGCUCGAUUGUUUUUGGAAACGUCAAUCAGAUCCAAAAGGCUCUUCUUAUUGAAAAAAUGGCAGAAACCAAGCCCGGUUUGAGAAAACCAGCUUUCACUAAGGUUGAUCAGCUGCGUCCUGGGACAAGCGGACACAAUGUGACAGUGAAGAUCAUUAGCACGAAGAUGGUGUUGCAGAAAGGUCGCGCAGAUGGUCCUCAGGCUCGUCAGAUGAGGAUUUCUGAAUGCAUUCUUGGAGACGAGACAGGAGUUAUCAUCUUCACCGCAAGAAAUGACCAAGUGGACUUAAUGAAAGAAGGAACAACUGUAACUCUACGCAACGCGAAAAUCGACAUUUAUAAAGGAUCAAUGAGGCUAGCUGUAGACAAGUGGGGUCGCGUUGAAGUCACAGAGCCUGCAAGCUUCAAAGUGAAAGAAGAGACCAACAUGUCCCUUAUCGAGUAUGAGCUUGUCAACGUUGUUGAAUGA